GGCGCGUUCCCGCCGUUGUCAUUUCAUCGCUGUCAUAGCCCCUCCUCGGGCCUGGGAUCCCCGGCCCCAUUAUCCCUGGUGCUGAGCUGGUCUCUGCUGGGUCUUUCCUCAGCCGUCCUGUCUGCUCUGCAGCAAGCGCCCCGUAGAGGACGCUCGUCAGCACGUUCUCACCCCUGUCAUCUCGCCUCUCUGCCUAGCUGCUCCUCAGGCCUGGGAACCCCGGCCCCCGACGGCCCGUUGUCCCCGCGCUCUGGUCUUUUGCUGACCGCAGGCUGGGCCUUCGCCUCUGACCUGCGCGUUUCCCCCGGCAACGCGCCGCGACCUGGGAUGCAGCCCUGCAGGGCGGCGGCCAAGGAGGCGGCCGGCCGCGACGUGCUGGCCGCUGACCUCCGGUGCAGCUUCUUCGCCUCUGCGCUGCAGAGCUACAAGCGCGAUUCGGUGCUUCGGCCCUUCCCCGCCUCCUAUACUCGCCACAACUGUAAGGACUUCGAGGCCCUGCUUGCAGAUGCCAGCAAGUUACCUAACCUCAAGGAACUUCUGCAAUCCCCCGAAGACGAAGACCAAUGGGCCUGGGACCUGGUGAGCUGGAUUUUAUCCUCAAAGGUCCUGACAAUCCACAGUGCAGGGAAGGCAGAGUUUGAAAAGAUCCAGCGGCUGACUGGUGCCCCUCACACGCCUGUCCCUGCCCCAGACUUCCUAUUUGAAAUUGAAUACUUUGACCCAGCCAACGCCAAAUUUUAUGAGACCAAAGGAGAACGAGACCUAAUCUACGCCUUCCAUGGUAGCCGCCUAGAGAACUUCCAUUCCAUCAUCCACAAUGGCCUGCACUGCCAUCUGAACAAGACAUCCUUGUUUGGAGAGGGGACCUACCUCACAAGUGACUUGAGCCUGGCCCUCAUUUACAGCCCCCAUGGCCAUGGGUGGCAGCACAGCCUCCUUGGCCCCAUCCUUAGCUGUGUGGCUGUGUGUGAAGUCAUUGACCAUCCAGAUGUCAAGUGCCAAACCAAGAAGAAGGAUUCCAAGGAGAUAGACAGAAGAAGAGCAAGAAUCAAACAUAGCGAAGGGGGCGACAUCCCUCCUAAGUACUUUGUGGUCACCAAUAACCAGCUCCUGCGAGUGAAGUACCUUCUGGUAUAUUCACAGAAGCAGCCCAAGAGCAGGACUUCAAGCCAGCUCUCCUGGUUUUCUAGCCAUUGGUUCAUGGUCAUGAUGUUCCUGUAUCUGCUGCUACUGCUCAUAGUGACCAUUUGCUGGAGAGCGUGUAUCACCAGGAUAUCUAGUAGGUGGGAUUUGUUGUCACUGACCCCAAUAAGAGCACCUACAGUGUACCAGGCACUAGGAAUACAAGCAGGAUCAAAAAUUCCCCUGCCCUCAUGGAGCUGACAGUCUGGCAAGAAGCAGACACAGAAGAGUGGAGACAGAAGAGGGACUUGAAACCUUGCCUUUUCUUCCUAUGGCCCUGGAGCACUGUGGAUGCUGUGGCUAUGAUGAUGUUAGAGGCUCUGAGUGGGAGGAGCUGCCUGUGUUUGUGGAGAGGAGUAGGGGUGUUUUCAUCCCAGGCCUGUUUUGGAGAUCAGGCUUGUGGCUGAGCCAUUUCCUGCAGAAGCAAGGCCCCUGGAAAAGCACUGUUCUCCAGGCGCUCCUAAAUCAUCCUGUUGGGAACAGAGCUGGGGCAGCAGGACCUGAGUGGGGCUCUGCCACUGUGCAGAGUCCAGUGCCCAGCCUAGAGUUGGCCAGACCAGAGGAGGCACCUUGGGGUGGAGUGCAGAGCCCUCUGGAAUAGGGACCCCCCCACCCCCAAGCACACACCAUCUGCUGCUCUGGUGGCUUGGAAUUGCGGGGGAGGAGACAGCAACCUUUCUGGGCCAGUCUGCAGAAGGAAUUCCUCUAGGAGCCCCCUCUGGCUGCAGACAGGAGGGGAGGGAGGCAGACAGGCAGCCCAGGGGUCUCUGUGGACAGGUGUCUCACUCCCAGUCUGUUUUGCCUUUGCAUAGUUGAGUAGAUCAGUGUGGGUUUGUGCAACUGUUCUCAGCUUCUCUGUGUGGGUGGCUGCAUGUCUGGCUGGAGACCGGUUCUUGGGUAGGAAGUGUGCUUUGUGGAAGUGUCCACAUCUCUCUGUGGGGCUGUGGAUGAGGAUAUCUUUGAGGGAAGACGCCGGCUUCUAUACCUUUGCAAAGAUGAGUGUCUGCUCCUGCAUAUGUGUGUCCCUGAGAGUGUGCCUGUGAGGUCAUUUUGGCAUACGUGUGAACUUGUCCUUCUUGUUGUAAGCUUAGGCAUAUGUGUCUCUCACAUUGUGUGCUUAUUUACCAAUAGUAUGACAACAAGCCUCUGAAAGCAUGUAUGUGUGUCUGUAAUUUGUGCAGAAGCAUUCACUGAUUUAUUCCUAAUGUGGUUUGCUCAUUGGACAUCUUUAAAGUACUUGUUCUGUGACUAGCCCUGCACUGGGCAAUGGGAAUUUGGAGAGGUGUUUGUGGCUGGAAUAGAGCCAAACGUGCACUAUCAUCUAAAGAUGUUCCAGGCCUGGGGCCAUUCUUACCUGUUUCUUGAUAGAAAGAAACCGUGGCAAGUAGCAAGAUCAGAACAAUACAGUACAUCUAUCUGGGUGCCUCUGUGUGCACCUUGUCUGUAUGUCUGCCUGUGUGAAUUCGGUUUGUGUUUGUCUGAUCUCCUAGAGGGCAGAGCUCACAGCAUUUCUGCCAUCUGUUGCCUUGCCUAGGUUGGCUCAGGACUAUGAGACAGGCAGGGGCGGUGGGAGGGUCGCUGAUUCAAGAGUCUAAAUACCGUUCCGACACCCAGCUAAGACUUGCUCUGUGAUUUGGCCUCAGUUUCCUAACCUUUAGAAUG